AUGAACAGCCAGCCCGGGCUUGUCUCCGGGAGGAACGUCCGCUCGAUCUUCCCCCCCAUCUGCCAGCGGCAACAUCCCCAGCCAAGGAAGCACGCCGCUGGGGGCCGGGAGACCAGCGCCACGGCCCGCAUACGAGAAAUGCGCCGAUCAGCCAGCCAGGAACACGACAGACUCCACAGGAGCGAUCACCAACACAUGGCUGCCGACGGCAGGGUUCAGCGCAACGGUUGUGCGAACCCUUGUCUGCAGCCCAACGCUGAAGAUCUCUCCCGGCCAAGGGUCCCGCAACCAUAG